GGAUUGGUUUCGAAUCUCGAUCAAGGGUUUCUCCGAUUCCUACACCUAUAUAUUCCUCUGAAAACAGCACAUGCUAGUCGAAUCGGACUUUGAUCCCACAACCAUGAAUGAUCCUUUUGCCCAUGUCAUCUACACCAAGGAGUUUAUCCACAAAUGCCGUGGCUAUCCAUUUUGGCAUCCAGAGCCAGAUUCUUUCGCACCGGACGAGUUCCAGAUACGGGGCAUAUUGCCUGGAGAUGUCGGGAUCAUUAACAAAGACGGAGGCUUCGACUUUCUCUUCAGCAUCUUCGGGAACGCUGAUGGCCUAGUCGUCGGAAAUGCACCUCCUGGCCUUCAACCUCUCCCUACACCGGACCAACCAGAGGUACAAGCUUAUCCGGAGCUCUGGAAUGUUCUUAAAAGUCAGCACGUAUCCUGCAGAUACGUUUCAGAUGUUCCUGCUGAGAGUUUUCCUGGCAUUGUGGAUACUGGGGUGGCCUUUGAUGUUAGUACCUCAGAGGAUCUCACAGCAAUCUUGCACCUUCCAAAUUAUUCGACAAGGUAUGAGACUAUGAAUGAAGCCUUCUUCCAAAACUACGCUCGACAAUAUGGAGUAUCAUGGUACAACCAUGCCAACGGAACCUUGGGUCGGAAUGUGCGAAACGGUUUUUUGUAUCUUGUAACCGGGUGCGACAAAACAGCUACUUGGGGAAACGCAGUCAUCAGAAAGACAGAUUGGUCUUUCACGUUUUAUCUCAAGUGUACUUUGGAAAAUGUGGAUGGGGAAACAGUUAAAGUUGCAAAUGAGUGGAUCGAUGAUGCUGGAGUGGAGGAUGGCUUAUUCCCGAAUCCUUACGCCACUUACCCUUAUCCAAUAGGUCUUCAGAACCAGUGCAUAUUCGCACAGGGUUUUACCAUAUCGCUUUCAGCAAAAUUGUUCUGCAAAACGUGGUUGGCAGUUCCUCAUUUCAUCAAAGGCUCCCCCGAAGAUAGGCUUCCCUCUUUCGAUAGUAACAAGGUACCUCACCCGCCGAGCGACGGAAAGACUAGAUUUUCGACUUAUCUUUCCUCGUUCAUUGGUUCCAAGACGGUACCAAACAACUCGGACUCGGACCAGAGAAGGAUGAUGGCAGAGAACGCUGACUCCCAUGGAUCGUUUAUCGCAGAAGUACCUGAAUUUCCACCUCUGGGAAACCAGGUCUUGAAUCCUUCGACGGUGAUGAAUGAAUACUUGUUGAGCAAGGACCCUUCCCUCGAGAUAGCAGUCACGCAUGACAAAGAGUGGAUGGACGUCAUGAAAAAGUACGAGAAGGAUACGUACUUAACGGAAGAGGAGCUCUGGUGCAAAUUAAAAGAUUCAUUGGAUGCCAAGCUGUCCAGCAACGUUUAUCAAAUUCCCUUACACCUGUACAAUGGAUCUCGACUUUGGGCCAUUGACGCAUAUUCAACUUCGGCGACCUUCCGCUCUUACCUGCAUACCUUCUCAUAGGAUUGCCCUCACACAGGCUCUUACCGGCACGCAUGAUCUCGCUAUCGAAAGAGGUAAAUGGGUUGGCCUCACUCACCAGUGGAGACACUGCAGAAUGUGACAUGAUGACAUUGAGGAUGUCAUUCACGUCCUAUUCAUAUGCCCCCAUGACGCAUGUGGGGAGCGCCGAACGUCCUUUCUCAAUAUCAUCCGGAUCACCUAUCCUGCUCUGAUGGGAUCGUGCCCUCCCAAAAUUCUUCUUCAUCGACUGGUUGAAAAUAAAGAGCUCGUGGA